AUGCCGGCGUCGGUGUCGUCGCCCUCCCCCGAUCUGCCGGCGGAAGCUACUACUCCCGAUGACAGGGAUCCUCAUAUCGCCCGAGACAGGCCUUUUCCCCGACGCCUCAGGACGCCCGCUAAGCUCGUUCGCCUCGGGGUGCGGAAUCGCCGUCACGAGUACCUGGUGAAGACGCCGUCGUAUUUUGACAGCCUGGAUCAUGAACUUGCUGAUCCUAUCUUGUACGAGCGCCUCGUCAAGAGAUUCCAAACUCCAGCCGAGCGUGAGGCAGAUGGAAAGGCCAAGGGUUAUGGUCGCACUCUCGAAGCGGACCUCAUCAGAGGCGAGACCAAGCUCGCCAACGUCCAUCAGUCAGCCGAGCAGCCCAAUGGCCAUAGCAGCAGCAGCAGUCUGGAUCCGGACAGUUCGAAAGUGGUGGGCGACGGGGGCGUAGGUACCAAUGCCUGGGAUGCCGAGGCAGAAAACAAAGAGCAUGGCAUGCAACUGUGGCAUGCCUACCUCGAGGCCCGCUUUGUGGAGGGGAUGGAUGAAGAAUUCGACUACAGCCAAGUCGACGAUAAUGACCAGUAUGACACCAUGGCCAUCCGGGAUGCCGAAGACGCCUGGUUCGAUAACGAAGAGCCAAGCUGGGCGGACUGUGCCUCGCAGUCUCCUGUCAGGCGAGGAGAGACGGGCAUACAAGACUUUUGA